UUAAAAACUUAAAACUCCGAACAAUUUUUUUUUUUAAUUUUAAGUAAUUACAUGUUUAUUUAGUUACAACUUACUUAGUAUUACAUUAAUAUACUAAGACUAGGUCAAGUAUCUGUUCUGAAAUUAUAAUAGAUAGGAUUUCAUUUUAAUUACCAUGCUUCGAUCUUUGAGGAAUAAACGUUCAUUGACUGAUAAAAUUGAUUCUAAUAGGGUUGAAAAUAAUGAGCAAGUCGUCAAAAAGAGAAAACAUUUGACAAUAAAAUCUGAUACUAAUGAAAUAACUUCGGAUUCUAAUUGGAAGCCACCAAAUUGGGAAAAGACAUUGGAUAAUAUAAGAAAAAUGCGUAAAGAUAUUGUUGCACCUGUAGACAAUAUGGGAUGUGAUCAAGCUGCAGACCUAAAUGAACCACCAGAAGUGGUUAGAUAUCAUGUACUAAUUUCAUUGAUGUUAUCAAGUCAAACAAAAGAUGAAGUAAAUUUUGCAGCUAUGCAACGUUUAAAACAGCAUGGCUUGACUGUUGAUAAUAUUUUGGAAACGUCAGAUGAUCAUUUAGGAAAACUCAUUUAUCCUGUUGGAUUUUGGAAGACAAAAGUUCAGUACAUCAAACGCACAACUCGUAUAUUAAAGGAUACAUAUAAUGGUGACAUACCAAACACAAUAAAAGACCUAUGUCAGUUGCCUGGUAUAGGACCUAAAAUGGCUCAUCUCUGUAUGAGUUGCGCCUGGAAUGAAGUUACUGGAAUUGGAGUGGACACUCAUGUGCACAGAAUAAGUAAUCGUUUGGGAUGGGUAAAGAAAGCUACCAAGACACCAGAAAACACGCGUAUUGCUUUAGAAUCUUGGUUACCUAAAGAGCUUUGGCGUGAAGUUAAUCAUAUGUUAGUUGGAUUUGGACAGACAAUAUGCAGACCCAUAGGUCCUCAUUGUGAUUCUUGUUUAAACAAAAAAACUUGCCCUUCUGCUGUAUCAAAUAGCACAACAAUAAAAAAGAAAUAAAUAUAUUUUUUUUUAUUAUUAUUUAUUAAUAACCUAUUUUCAGUAAUUAUUAAAAUCUCAUUAAUAUUA